UGUAAAGGGAGAACGUAACCAAAAAAAAAAGAAAUGUAAACAUAAACAAACAGCCAAACAAAGUUUUUAUGAAUUUAAUUAAUGUUUUGUGCUGUAAAUGUGGUAUUAAAACUGCACCUACUGUAGUAUUAAAAAAGCUAAAUUAUAAUGUCCAUUAGCAUUGUUAACGCGGCUGAAUUAUGGCAGAGAGAUACUAGUCUACCAGCAAUUCCCACAUUUAGUCAAAGUCUUGAUAAAGUUUUCGGUGACGAUGGAGUUCAAUUAUGUUCUUUGACCGAGUUACUGGGCUUACCAGGAACUGGAAAAACGCAAAUAAGUAUGCAGCUAUGUGCAGCAGUGCAAAUCCCCAAAGUUCUCGGCGGGCUGGAUGCAGAAGCCCUGUACAUAGACACAAAUACUAACUUUACACCUGAAAGAUUCAGAGAUAUUUUAAUAGGGUCUCUAGAAAAGUGCAACAGACUGCUAGACUCACCAACAGAAAUCAAUGAAGAGGCUGCACUAAAUAAGUUGCAUUAUGUUAAUGCAUUUGGCUUAGAGAAAUAUUGCGCAUUCAUGCUCAGACUCCCUAAUUUAAUUGAAAAACUUCAGAUAAGGUUAAUUGUGAUUGAUUCAAUUGCUUUUCCAUUCAAAGAGGGAAUAACACCCAGUCAGAGGACAGGUUUAUUAUUCAGGCAGAUGGCGGAAUUACAGAGAUUAGCUGUAGAAAAGCAAAUUGCUGUAGUGGUGACAAACGAAAUGACUACUCGUGUAGGGCUCUCCGGUGGCGACAUAGUGGGCUCCCUGGGCGACGCGUGGGCUCACCGCUGCAACAAGCGUGUGUUGCUGUCGAAACACGAUGAUGACGCUGACCCAAGCGUUAGGGCCGCUGUGUGUCUCAAAAGCAAUGAUUCACCUAACAACGUUGCACGAUUCAGGGUCAGUAUGCUUUGCUAUAGUGGACGUAAUAUAAAGAGGUACCUAUUUAGUUAAUGACUAUGGAAUGUUGAUUAUAUAUUAUACUUAUUGUAUGUGAAUUUGAAAAUGCCACAGUUGAAAGAAUUCCUUAACUGAUUCGGUACGUCGUAAAUAGGUAUAUGAUAGCAAUAUUCACCAACCAUUAUUUUUUAACGACUAUCGAGGAAUUCAAAAUCCGGUAAAAAAUUACUAUUCAGUCAUCAUAUUAUUAUUAUAGCAUGACAUUGACAUGUUUACAUUUUUGGAUCAUUACAAGCUUCCAUUGAUUGAAGUCUUGGAAUGUGGCCAAGUUAUUAUAGUAGUUUCUUUCAGUGUAAUAUGUUUAGUAUUUGGCGGGAAGCCAACGGGGGAUUGGUGAUAUGAAAUAUCUAUCCAUCAAAAUUCGUUGCUUUUACUGUUAUAAGUUCAUUGAUAACAAUUUCAUUAGUUUACGAAAAGUAGCUUUUUUAAGUCAUAAAAAGGCAAUAAAUUAAAUAAAUGAAUAGGUAAAAAUCGGAAUAAGCAAAUUAUUUUAAAGAAAAUUAAUAUCUGAUGGCGUCAAUUCGCCAGAAUUUUCAUAUUAUGUAAUAUUUUUUUUUUAAAAAAGAAAAGUUUUACUAGAAAAAAUCCACGCGGACCAGGCAGUGGACAGGACUCGAACCCGCAUCCUUCGCUAUCCGGGCGAAUGCACUGACCAUUAUGCUACCACGGCCCUAUUAGCCGCGUCGAAAUUUUCCUAGCCUUAAACUGCAAGGCAACGCCAUCUCUUCGCAUUGUAGGUAACCCACAAUGUCAAAUGAAUACUUU